AUGGGCAACUUCGUUGCCCCCGCUUUGCUCUCCCCGCGGCGUCCGGUCCCGGAGAAGGGAGGCUCGGCGCGGCCGGGGCGGUGCGGGGGGCGGGUCGUGUUCAGCGCGCCUCGAAGCGGGUGCCGCGUUGGACCCAGAGCUCCGCCGCGGGGCUGUGCGGCGCCGGGGCGGCUCCCCCGGAGGGACCGGCCAGCGGGGCGGGGGCGACCGCGAUUUUCCACCCCGCUCGGUGGCCCUUGUCCCGCUGCCCGCGCUGAGCUGCCCGGCGGGCGGCUGCCCCGGGGCCCACUGAGCGGUGUUGCCACCUCCCCCGGUCUCUGGCUGCGGUCACGGACAGCGGGAGGCCCCGCUGUGCAGCGCCAGGCCCCGCUACGUAUCAUAAGGCCAGAUGAUCAUCCAGUAUGCUGCAAUUACGGGAGAAAAAUGGAGGAGAACAUUUUAAAGCUCCAGAAUCUCCAGUUUGUCGUUGGGGUGGACAGGCUGUGGUGCUGUUCACCAGGAGGAGAUGCAGCACAGAAGUGGUUUGUCUGUAGCAGUGGCAGGACCCAAAGGAGGGCGCAGGUUCUUCGCACGCUGAUUGCCACUCCCGCACGAAAACCCUCGGGCGGAUUCGCCUUCAGCAUCUCCCGUGUCGGAGAGGUGCAGUUUGUUUGAACGCGUGCUCUUGCAUUAACAUACCCAGCUUGAUGCUUUGACUUGUUAUGGUUUUAAUUGUAUGUAUUUAAGAGGAAGCUGGUAAUGGAUGUUUAAUGCUUGAUGUAAUUCAUAUGCAAUUUUAUUUUGCAAAUUAAGAGUGUGUAUUGCUGUAUUAAAAGUACGUAAGGCAUAUUUUAGGCUAUGU